AUGUUUUCAUUGAAACGUGCAUAUAUUGGAGGUCUUCCAAAAGAUAUUAACGAAAAAGAUUUGUCUGAACGGUUUCGUACGUUUGGUGAAGUUACUGAGGUGGAAGUUAUCCGACAAGCUAAUACUGGAGAAUGUCGAGGUUUCGCAUAUGUUACGCUCAAGAUUACAGAGAAUAGUUGGAAAAAAUGCAUGAAUACAUUUAAUGGUGCAAAAUGGAACGGGAUAACACUAAAGAUCCAAGAAGCAAAACCUGACUACAAACAAAGAUUAAAACAAGAAUGGGAAGCUCAGAAAAAAAAUAAUGCACAACCAUUGCAUCCCCCUUCUUCGAAAAAACGUAAGAGGCCUAAAAAAGGCGAGCUGGUCGUCGAGCUAUCAAAAAAUAUGAGUUUGGUAACGAAUAGUAAUAUCAAUGAGCGAAAGAGAUGGAAACGGAUUAAUAACGAUGGAUGCAUUGCUACUAUUAUGCGGAUGCGAAGACCAGAUGGGAGUAUGAUCACCAUAGAUCCUUCGAAAUACAAAAACAACCAUCGAAAGAUUUUCAAUAAUGUUAAUGAAGUGAAGCCUAAACCGUUUCACGAAUUAAUGCUGUAUUAUAGUAAUGGAAAAGAAGCGCGAGAGGAGGAAAUUCAUUUAGAAGAACAGAGUUAUCGUGACGACGUUUCUAGAGAAAAGAAAAAAUUACCUACAAGUUUUGAUAUUCCUGCUGUUCUUAGUAGUUCUGGCAACAAUAUUAUGAUUACAACUAAGGACGAGGCGGAUGAAAAUUAUGAGAAUUCUUCAACAAAAAAACAACCAGAGAACAAUUCAUCGAAUCCACCAUCAUUAAUUGACGGUCUUCCUCUGAAAAAACGUGGAUUUGAAGAGCGUGAGAAGGCUGCUAAAAUUGCGGAGGCAUUGCGAAGAAACCCGGAGGAAAAGAAAAAAGGUCAUAUAGUGUUCUCUAGUGACGACAAUGAGGAAAAAGAGCAAAAAGAGUCACCUUCAAGAAAGAGUUUAUUCGAUAAUGAAUCAAAUGAAGAUGACGAUAAUGAUACCCAUUCCUACGAAAUUGAAAUUAAUCCAAUAUUUGAAGGAUCAUCCGGUCGAAAACUUUUAGAUCUGCAAAAAGGGUUUCACGGGGACACUCGCUUUAAAUUAACUCGAGAAUUUAUAAAUGACGAAGACGAUCAGAAUGAUCAAUAUGCCGAGGACGAAAAAGAAAAGCCAGAGACAACACAAUUAUCAAAUGACCAUCACAAUAAUAACUAUAAAAAAAAUGAUGAUAUUAUUUCAACGCUUAUUGAAGAAAAAUCAAAAAAUAUGGACAUUCUUCAUACGAUGUUUGAAAAUAUUGAGAUCGAAAAGUUUCAGUUCCAAACCAAUCAUCUAAAUAAUGAAACGGUAUGGAAAGAAAUGACCCAUUUUGAUCCUGAUGCGCCCGAGGAGGAAAUUCAAAAAGCAAAACGUGUUGAAGAUAAUAAUGAUGAUAUUGAGUUCACAAAACCAUCGUCAGCUUCUCUGUUAUCACCGCCACCGCCACCACCACAAGUCUCGAAGGAAGUAAAAAUCGAAAUCAACGCAAAUUUGAAAGGGAUAUUUGCGCCAAGUACAACAUUAAAUGUUGUAUCUUCUUUUUCGCUCUUUGGAAAUAAUAACGAGAAAGACAACGGAGAGAGUAAAAAUUCUGAUCAUGAAAUGGAAGAUGCGAUAGAAUCUUUUAUAUCUAUAGAUGACAAUUCAAAACCUUUGUUUUCUUCACUGGAUACCAGACAAACCUCAGCAUCUCCCAGAUCAGCAAAUAAAUCCGAUUCUUUUACUGCGACUUCUGGUCCUUUAUUUUUUUUCCAUUUCGGAGAUGAAGCACUAGAAAAAAGAUCACAUUUUCAAGAAUUAAAUACGUUUAUGAGAACCACAUCUAUGGAGGAAAUUAUAAAAAAUUGGGAAAGCACGCGACAAGGUUUAACUCAUGAAUUUAAACGGAAGCAUAAAUCUGUAUCACGGAAACGACGAAAGAUGCAACGCAAAAUGAAUCAGAACUAG